AUGACGCAGAGUCCAGCCCCAGAGGUCCAAACAAAGCUUGGCAGACUGAAAGGCCAGUAUGUGAGCGUGAAGGGGAAGGAGAUGGGUGUCCAUGCCUUCCUAGGUGUCCCCUUUGCUAAGCCCCCCCUGGGACCCUCCCUCAGACUGGCUGCACCUCAGCCCCCAGAGGGAUGGUCAGGACUGAGAGAUGCCACCAAGCAACCCAAGAUGUGCAUUCAAAGCAAGGAAACUGCUAAUGAGCUACUGGAAAAACUUGGUACCCUGAACUUAGAAGUCCCAGAGCUUUCAGAAGACUGUCUGUACCUCAACAUUUACACUCCUGCAAACAGAGAUCCUGAUGUGGAGCUUCCUGUCAUGGUGUGGAUCCAUGGUGGAGGUUUUGUAGUUGGGUCUGCUUCAACAUAUGAUGGUUCUGCUCUGGCUGCCUAUCAGGAUGUGGUUCUAGUUGUAAUCCAGUAUCGACUGGGAGCUUUGGGUUUUCUCAGCACUGAAGAUGAGCAUAUUCCAGGGAAUAUUGGCCUUUUGGACCAGAUCCAAGCCCUGAGGUGGGUCAAGGAGCAUAUUCAAAAUUUUGGAGGAAACCCAGAUUUGGUCACCAUAUUUGGUGAAUCUGCUGGUGGUAUCAGUGUCUCACUUCUGCUUCUGUCUCCCUUGUCUGAUGGCCUGUUUCAUCGAGCCAUUGCUGAGAGUGGAACAGCUGCAAUGGAUGUGCUUUGGAACAAUCCUGUACCAGUGAUGCAGGCCGUAGCAAAUGCCUCAGGCUGUAGCCUGGAAAGCACAGAGAAGAUUGCUGCAUGCAUGAAGAACCUUGAUAUUGGCACCAUAUUGGCAUUUGAAAAGGAUCCAUUUUUGAGAUUUCCUGUGAAUGUUGAUGGGCACUUCCUGACUGUGCAUGAGUUGUUCCAGAAUCAGGAACUCAUUACUAUACCAAUCAUGACUGGGGUUAAUAAUCAUGAAGGAGGUUUUGUUGUUGCUGAUCACUUUGGACCUCUAAAUUGGACAGAAGGAAUGAGUCGAGAGCAGGUUGCGAAGAUGCUGUCCAUUUUUUACCCCCCUGCCCAAGAAGCAGCCAUCAGAGAUCUGAUUCUGAGGAAUUACAUUGAAUCUGGUGAAGAUCGCACCCGAAACAGAGAUGGAUUCACUGAGUUUAUUGGGGAUUACUUUUUUACCAUCCCAGCCAUUAAAAUAGCAAAUUCACACAGAGAUGCAGGAGCUGCUGUGUACUUGUAUGAGUAUCAUCACGCUCCCACGUGCCUGCAGAAAAUAAGGCCCAGCUUUGUUAAGUGUGACCAUUUAGAUGAAAUCUUCAUGGUGCUGGGAUACUGCUUCACAACUACACAUGUAAAAUUAGCUGAUCAAUGUCCCAAAGAGGAGGAAGAGUUUAGCAAAAUCAUGAUGAGCUAUUGGGGUAACUUUGCUCGCACAGGGUCUCCAAAUGGAGAGGGUCUUGUCAACUGGCCUAAGUAUGGAGCAGAUGAAAAGUAUCUGUCUCUUGACCUGAAGAAGCAGGUUUCUGCUCAAUUCCUCAAGAAGGAUAAUUUCCUCUUUCUGACCAAAACUCUGCCAGAGAAGAUCCAGAAGCUUGAGGAGAAAAUGGAGCACAGCGAGCUGUAG